GCCUUAAUAUACUUAUCCAAAUGAAUUGUAAUACUUUUUUUUUUCAUUAUGUUAUGUAUUAAAAUCAAAGAAAGAUGGUUCCACAAUCAUGACUUACUCAAUCUGAGCAAGAGAGUUUGUGUUUAAAAUUUCAAUGCAGUCCCAAGGCCUGGUAUGCAUUUUUAGAUGCAGAGAAGUAGUAGGAAAUAUAGGAGGGGAAUAGUUCUAGAGAUUUAAAACUGCAAAAUGGAAGGCACUACAGUGAAAGUCUAGUGAGAGCUACUCUGUAUAACUGGGAAUGACAUAGCAAAAGGGAUAAUUACCUUCAAUCCCAAAGCAUGGUUAUUUAAUCCCUAAAAGACAAGCAGUAAUGGAUAUGCAAAAUUUCCAGUUCUCUAUGCAUCCAGAUCUAAAUUGUGCUUUCUCAGAAGUGCAUGAGGGUACAAGGCAGGGGAUGAGAAAACAAAGAAACAAAACCCACAGCUUUUUACAACAUAAAAAUUCCUACUUCCUGUUUAGAAUCUUCAUCUGCCCAGAAAGAAGAUUUUUAGAGGUUUACAAUUAUUCAGUCUUUUAAACUCAGUUUUGAAAUCUUUGACACACAAUUUUAACAUUACAGUCAUGAAGAUAUAGAAACUGAAUCAAAAUCUUUGCCUAAAACUAACCUAGUUAUCACCACCAUCUCCUGGUGACAUUCUGUUCCAGAACUUUGAAUAACAAUAAAUUUUGUACAAUGAUGAAGGAAAAGCAAUGAACUAGAGGCAAAAACUGACCUCUGUGCUCUCUCCCAAUUGCACUUACACUGAAGCAUGAACAAGGCAGAAUUCAUCACUGCUGCAGGAUUUGCCAUAUCAUUGCUGUUCCACAUGACCCAAACUGAGGUGUGUCCUCCUUCCUGCAAUUGUAAGUCACUGGGAGAAAUGAAGGGUUUGCAGAUAGACUGCAGUUCAAGGAAGCUGAAGGAAGUGCCUGCCUUGCCCGUUAACACCAAGAGGCUUUAUCUGCAGAAUAACAGCCUGACCACGGUUCCUCCUGGGGCCUUGGACAGCCUGCUCAGUGUGGAGGAAGUAAAAAUAUUUGACAAUCCUUGGAACUGUGACUGUCAUAUUCUGUAUCUAAAAUUCUGGUUAGAAGAUGUCUCUGAACCCUCUCUCGCAAACAUCAGAUGUGCAACUCCUGCUCCUGUGAGGAUGAAGCCCUUGAAGCAGCUAACUGGGAAUGAGCUGGGGACCUGCAAGAAGUCUCUCCCAAUCAAAUGUCUUGAGUUCUUUUGGAGAGACUUAAUUUUAAUUGCUGCAGCAAUAGUUACAUUUAUUUUAGUAGCAUGGGCUCUGAAAUUCUCAAAAAAGGCGGUCUACCAAAUAAACCUACGUCGGUACACCACCAGGGGCCCUCUGUUGUGGAGGCACACCUCCAAAAACCACAAGCUACAUUGAGCUCUUCACUACCAUGAGCUUGAACAGAAACAUCAAACCAUUCUACCACGGAAAAAGUACAGGCACUAGCAACACUAGUUGUAAUGGUAAGCAUGCUACAAAUAGAUCCCAGGACACAAAAUCUUGUUCCUCCAAUAGGCAAGUUUGAUUUAAUUUCCUUUCAAAAAUAAGUUCGGUGAUUUUGUGGCCUUGGUAGGGUCACACCCGUGUGCAGACAAAUUCGGCUCUCUCUUCCUGGAGUUUCCCACCCGCAGAAUCACUGUGCUUAUAUAGGCCAGCCACCGAAUGUACCCCCCAGUGAAUAUGUCUACAGAUAGACAGGUAAUGAGAAAGCAACCAAUAAAAAUAAUUUUAAAUAUUGUUGAAUUUCCUAGAGUGAAAAAUUAAAAAGAAAAAAAGAAUCUACAUGAAAUUGAAAUAAAGGAUGCUUUUUGAACA